CACACACAGUAACUCGAAUAGAAUCAGGAAAUAAAAACAAAAAAAUGUGACAGCAAAGUGCCUUUAGCGCUCUGUCUGUUUCUGUCUCUCUCUCUUUCUCUGUACACGAGAAAUGGCUGAGGCGAGUAUUUCAGUAGAUCAGGACCAGUUUAUCUGUCCAGUGUGUCUGGAUCUCCUGAAGGAGCCAGUGGCUAUUCCCUGUGGUCACAGUUUCUGUAAGGUCUGUAUUAAUGGCUGCUGGGUUCAGGAAGAUCAGAGCGGAGUUUAUAGCUGUCCUCAGUGCAGAGACACUUUCACACCAAGGCCUGUUCUACGCAGAAACAACAUGCUGGCUGAAGUGGUGGAGAAACUAAAGAAGACGACUGAAGUCCAAGCUGCUUCUCCUGCUCACUGUUACGCAGGACCUGGAGAUGUGGAGUGUGAUUUCUGCACCGGGAGAAAAUACAAAGCCGUCAAGUCCUGUCUGGUCUGUCUGGCUUCGUGCUGUGAUGUUCACCUUAAACCUCAUCUUGAAAUUCCUGCUUUGAAAAAACACACAUUAAUCGAAGCCUCAACAAAUCUACAAGAGAAGAUAUGCUCUGAACACGACAAGCUGAUUGAGAUCUACUGUCGUACUGAUCGAACCUGCAUCUGUUAUAUGUGUAUGAUGGAUAAACACAAAGGACACGACACAGACACGGUCACAGCAGAACGAUCUGAAAAACAGCAUGAGUUAAAGGAGGAGCAGAUAAAAUCACAGCAGAGAAUCAAGGAGAAUCAGAAGAAGGUGCAGGAGCUGAAACAGGCUGUGAACACUAUAAAGCUCAGUGCACAGACAGCAGUGGUGGACAAUGAAAGGAUCUUUGCUGAGAUGAUCAACUCCAUGGAGAGAAAGCGGUCGGAGGUGACGGAGCUGAUCAGAGCUCAGGAGAAGGCUGAACUUAGUCGAACUGAACGACUCCUGGAUGAACUGGAGCAGGAGAUUGAUGAUCUUCAGAGGAGAGUCACUAAGCUGGAGAAGCUUUCACACACACACGAUCCCAUCCAAUUUCUCCAGGCUUUAGCUUCUGGACGUAGGUCUCCUCCAUUUAACAAACCUGAUUUUGACACGUCCAGCAUCAGUGUCCCUCAAUAUCUGUCAUUUGAUGGAGUGAGGAAUUUUCUCUCAAAUCUGAAGAAGAGACUGGAGGAAUUCUCUCAGGAGGAAUUCGAAAAAAUCCCUCCACAUGCUGCACCAGUUCAGAUCAUUUCACCACAAGAGCCACAGAACAGAGAAGAGUUUCUGAAAUAUUUCUGUUCUCUGAAUCUGGAUCCCAACACAGCAUUCCGUAACCUCAUUCUGUCUGAGAAGAACAGAGUGGUGACAGGCAGUAAGAUUGAGCAGCAGUACUCUGAUCAUCCAGAGAGAUUUGACACCUCGGAACAGGUGUUGAGUAACGAGAGUGUGUGUGGACGCUGUUACUGGGAGGCGGAGUGGAGCGGUGUGGUGGAAAUUUCAGUCUCGUAUAAAGACAUCAGCAGGAAAGGACAUGGUUUUGACUGUUCAUUUGGACGUAACAAUCAGUCGUGGAGUCUGUGGUGUACUUCUUCUUCUCUCUCAUUCUGGCACAACAACAUUAAGACUGAUCUCAGAGUUCCUCCUUCCUCCAGAAUAGGAGUGUAUGUGGAUCACAGUGCAGGAACUCUGUCCUUCUUCAGCGUCUCUGACACCAUGAAGCUCAUCCACAGAGUCCACACCACAUUCACUCAGCCUCUAUAUGCUGGGUUCAAGCUUGACUGGUGGUUUGGUUCUACUGUGAAAUUGUGUGAUUCAGAAUAUUCUCUCGCAUUGUCAGUGUGUGAGUUCAGAAAAAUGGCCAAGGCGAGUAUUUCAAUAGAUCAUGAUCAGUUCAGCUGUCCAGUGUGUCUGGAUCUCCUGAAGGACCCGGUGACUCUCUCCUGUGGUCACAGUUUCUGUAAGGUGUGUAUUAAUGAUCACUGGGAUCAGGAGGAUCAGAAGGACGUCUACAGCUGUCCUCAGUGCAGAGACACUUUCACACCAAGGCCUGUUCUAUGCAGAAACAACAUGCUGGCUGAAGUGGUGGAGAAACUGAAGAAGAAGACUGAAGUUCAAGCUGCUUCUCCUGAUCACUGUUACCCUGGACCUGGAGAUGUGGAGUGUGAUUUCUGCACCGGGAGAAAACACAAAGCCGUCAAGUCCUGUCUGAUGUGUGUGGCUUCAUUUUGUGAAACUCAUCUCAAACCUCAUCUUGAAAUUCCUGCUUUGAAAAAACACACAUUAAUUGAAACCUCAACAAAUCUACGAGAGAAGAUCUGCUCCGAACACGACAAGCUGAUGGAGAUCUUCUGUCGUACUGAUCAAACCUGCAUCUGUUAUUUGUGUACGAUGGAUAAACACAAAGGACAUGAAACCGUCACAGCCGCAGCAGGGAGAGAUGAAAAACAGAGUGAGGUAAAGAAAGAACAGAUGAAAUUCCAGCAGAUUCUCCAGGAGAAGCAGAAGAAGGUGCAGGAGCUGAAACAGGCUGUGGACAUUAUAAAGCUCAGUGCACAGACAGCAGUGGAGGACAAUGAGAUGAUCUUUACUGAGAUGAUCAGCUCCAUGGAGAAAAAGCGCUCAGAGUUGAUGGAGAUGAUCAGAGCUCAGGAGAAGGCUGAACUGAGUCGAGCUGAACGACUCCUGGAGCAACUGGAGCAGGAGAUUGAUGAUCUUCAGAGGAGAGUCACUGAGCUGGAGAAGCUUUCACACACACACGAUCACAUCCAUUUCCUCCAGACCCUCACUUCUGCACAUUGGGCUUCCAAAGUUCACAUUCCAAAGUCUAACACAUCCAGUAUCACUGGCCCUCAACACCUCUCGUUUGUUGGAAUGAUGGAUUCUCUGUCGGAUCUGAAGAAGCGGAUCGAGGAAUUCUGUAAGGAGGAAUUUAAAAACAAAAUUCAUCCACGUGCUGCAGCAGUUCAGAUCAAUUCACCAUCGCAGGCAGACGGAGAUUUUCUGAAAUAUUUCUGUUACCUGACUCUGGAUCCCAACACAGCAUACUGUUACCUCAUUCUGUCUGAGAAGAACAGAGUGGUGACAGGCAGUAAGAUUGAGCAGCAGUACUCUAAUCAUCCAGAGAGAUUUGACACCUGGUCUCAGGUGUUGUGUAAGGAGAGUUUGUGUGGAUGCUGUUACUGGGAGGUGGAGUGGAGCGGUACGGUGGAAAUUUCAGUCUCGUAUAAAGACAUCAGCAGGAAAGGACAGGGUGAUGAGUGUGUGUUUGGACGCAACAAUCAGUCCUGGAGUCUGUGGUGUACUUCUUAUUCUCUCUCAUUCUGGCACAACAACAUUCAGACUGAUCUCAGAGUUCCUCCUUGCUCCAGAAUACGAGUGUAUGUGGAUCACAGUGCAGGAAUUCUGUCCUUCUACAGCGUCUCUGACACCAUGAAGCUCAUCCACAAAGUCCACACCACAUUCACUCAGCCUCUGUACGCUGGGUUCAAGCUUGACUGGUGGUUUGGUUCUACUGUGAAAUUGUGUGAUUUAAAAUAAAGUGUGUAUUUUGUUUGCUGUCAGAUAGAAAUUUUUCAACUUUCAGUCAACUUUUCCCCAAAAAUGACAAUCAAAUGCUUUAUUAUUGUCAUGUCUAAACGAUGCUACAGCAUACAAAUAUAAAUACGUUCUGUAUUAUUGUUUUCUUUCAUCUUUGUGACAAAAAAACUGUGCACAAAAGGUUUGGCCAUAUAGGUUUAUGGUCUUUGUCCUAGGUUUGUUGCACAUUUCUGAGUCACUGUAUGAUAUUUUUUAAUCUUUGCCUCCCCCUUGUGGUGAGUUUGUGGAAAAGCAGCCAUUAUUUAUAUAAACCGUGUGGAGGUGCUGGUGUACAGUAUAUUUAUGCAUUUAAGCAGAUGGGUACUUUUUAAUAUAAUAUGCAUCAAGCCUUCUGAGCAACUGAAAUAUAAGUGGCAUAAAUUCUUUUUUUUUCAUCUCUUUCUUUAUUUCAUUUUAUUUUAAAGCUACUCUACAAUAAAGUAUACACCUUUAAAGUA